UUCUGAUAUACAUACACAUACGCCAAUACAUAUAUACUUUAACUCAAAUUGAAAUAAUUUCAUUCUAUCAUAUAAUACAUUUACACCCUAAUAUAUCAGAACAGACCAAAUACGAAAACCCCCUCCCCUGUUUUUUUUGAUUAAUUGUUGUCUAGAUUAUCACAAGCACCAAAAAUAAAUUAAGAUGGUGAAGGUGCGGAUGAACACAGCUGAUGUGGCGGCGGAGGUGAAGUGCCUCCGCCGCUUAAUCGGUAUGCGUUGCUCCAAUGUUUACGAUCUCUCUCCAAAGACGUACGUGUUUAAGCUGAUGAGUAGCAGUGGAGUGACUGAGUCUGGGGAGAGUGAGAAGGUUCUUCUGUUGAUGGAAAGUGGUGUCAGAUUGCAUACAACAGUCUAUAUGCGGGACAAAAGCAAUACCCCGUCAGGGUUUACAUUGAAGAUAAGGAAACACAUAAGAACCAGAAGGCUUGAGGAUGUGCGCCAACUUGGAUAUGACCGGAUUAUUGUCUUUCAAUUUGGAUUGGGUGUUAAUGCACACUAUGUCAUCUUAGAGCUGUAUGCCCAAGGGAAUAUCAUUCUUACAGAUUAUGAGUACAUUGUCUUGACUCUGCUGCGGUCGCACAGGGACGACAAUAAGGGAUUUGCAAUCAUGUCACGUCAUCAAUAUCCAGUUGAACAAUCUCGAGUAUUUGAGCGUACAACUAAAGACAAGAUGAUGGCAGCACUACAAUCUCCAGUGGAAGGCAAUAUAGAUGAGCAACUAAAUAAUACUGAACAGGGAAAUGGUACUUCAGAGCCUGUCAUAGUAAAUCAUGGAAGCAAGAAGAACAUGAAUCCUAGUGAGUCGAAGAAAAGUGAUAAUGCCCGUGCCAAACAGGCAACUCUGAAGGCUGUCCUUGGGGAAGCAUUGGGUUAUGGCCCGGCAUUGUCAGAACACAUUAUUUUAGAUGCCAACUUAUUACCAAGUACAAAAGUUGGCAAGGACUUUAAACUGGACGAUAAUACCUCCCAGGUUCUGACAGAGGCAGUAAUUAGGUUUGAGGACUGGCUAAUGGAUGUUAUCUGUGGUGAGAAAGUUCCAGAGGGAUACAUCCUGAUGCAGCAAAAGAUUACAGGAAAAAAGAAUGAUGCUGUAUCUGGAAAAGAAAUUUCUAACCAGCUCUAUGAUGAAUUUUGCCCUCUGUUGCUGAACCAGUUCAAAUCAAGAGAUUCUAUAGAGUUUGAAACAUUUGAUGCAGCACUGGAUGAAUUCUACAGUAAAAUUGAAAGCCAACGUUCUGACCAACAACAGAAGUCUAAGGAAAAUUCGGCCAUGCAGAAACUUGAAAAAAUCAAAACCGACCAGGAAAAUCGUGUUCAUAUACUAAGGAGAGAAGUUGAGCAGAGUAUCAAUAUGGCAGCACUGAUUGAAUACAACUUAGAAGAUGUAGAUGCUGCCAUCUUAGCAGUCCGUGUAGCUCUUGCAAAUGGUAUGAGCUGGGUUGAUCUGGCUCGUAUGGUUAAAGAGGAGAAGAAAUCUGGAAAUCCUGUGGCUGGCCUCAUUGACAAGCUUCAUCUUGAAAGAAAUUGUAUGACACUGCUCCUGAGCAACAAUCUUGAUGAGAUGGAUGAUGAUGAGAAAACUCAACCAGCGGACAAGGUCGAAGUUGAUCUUGCGCUCUCUGCACAUGCCAAUGCUCGUAGGUAUUAUGAAAUGAAAAAGAGGCAAGAAAGCAAGCAGGAGAAAACCAUUACAGCGCAUGAGAAAGCUUUCAAAGCUGCCGAGAAAAAGACGCGCCAGCAACUUUCACAGGAAAAAGCAGUUGCCACAAUUUCACACAUGCGUAAGGUUCACUGGUUUGAAAAAUUCAAUUGGUUUGUCAGCAGCGAGAAUUAUCUGAUUGUCAGUGGGCGAGAUGCUCAACAAAAUGAGAUGAUAGUCAAACGUUAUAUGUCCAAAGGAGAUUUGUAUGUCCAUGCAGAACUUCAUGGAGCUUCUAGUACUGUGAUCAAGAAUCACAAGCCUGACAACCCUGUACCGCCUCUAACUUUGAACCAAGCUGGAUCUUUUACAGUCUGCCACAGCAACGCUUGGGACUCGAAGAUUGUGACUAGUGCUUGGUGGGUGUACCCUCACCAGGUCAGUAAAACAGCUCCCACAGGGGAAUAUCUUACAGUUGGAAGUUUCAUGAUUCGGGGUAGAAAGAAUUUUCUUCCACCAGCUCCUCUCAUUAUGGGUUUUGGGAUUUUAUUUCGCUUGGAUGAGAGUUCUUUGGGAUCUCAUCUGAAUGAAAGGAGGGUAAGAGGAGAAGAGGAAGGAACAGAUGAGAUUGAGCAAAGUGAACCUUUCAAUGAAAUAUCUGACUACGGUUCUGAUUCCGAUAAGGAUGUGUCAGGUGAAAAGGCCACAUUAGACUCAUCAAACGUAAUGGAUUUGUCCACAGAAAGAUCAAUGGAUGAGAAUGUUUCUGAUGCAAAUGUCAAGCAUGACUCAUCUGAUAAAACUGCCACUUCGAAUCAAAUUCACAACGAUAAAGAACUAGAUUCUUCCAGCAAAACUUUUGCUGCGGUUACACCAGAUUUGGAGGAUCUAAUUGAUAGAGCUCUUGGAAUUGGGACUGCUACUGCAUCUUCUAAGUAUUAUGGGCUUCAAGCAUCUCAGGAGGAAAUAGAGGAGAAAUAUGACCAUGAAGGGAUGAAGGCAGGGCAGAGAGAUAAACCCUAUGUCUCAAAAGCUGAAAGAAGAAAGCUCAAGAAAGGUCAGAAAGAUGGUGCUGUUGGUGAACCUGCUGAAAUUGAAAAAGAAAGAGAAGAAAAUCAUGACCCUGUAAGCCAGCCAGACAAUUCCGUCAAAGGUUCAAAGCCAGGUGGAGGAAAAACUAGCCGUGGACAGAAAGGAAAACUGAAGAAGAUUAAGGAAAAGUAUGCUGAUCAAGAUGAGGAGGAGCGAAGGAUUAGAAUGACUCUGUUGGCUGCUGCUGGGAAACCAAAGAAGGACAUUGAAAAGUCUGAGAAUGAAAAGGAAACCGCAGAAAAACAAGCCAAAAUUGCUAGCGCACCCUCAGAUGCUACAAAAAUAUGUUACAAAUGUAAGAAGGCAGGUCAUACGUCUCGAGACUGUCCGGAACAUCCAGACGAAAGUGCGAGGAGUAAAGCAAACGGGGAUGUAGAUAGGGGUGCAAGUGAGAUGGACAGGGUGAAUAUGGAGGAAGAUGAUAUUAAUGAGAUUGGUGAAGAAGAGAAAGAGAAACUAAAUGAUGUUGACUACCUGACUGGAAAUCCGCUGCCGAAUGAUGUGUUACUGUAUGCAGUACCUGUCUGUGGUCCUUAUAACGCGCUACAAUCGUAUAAAUACCGUGUAAAGAUAAUUCCAGGCUCACUAAAGAAAGGAAAAGCGGCGAAGACAGCGAUGAAUUUGUUCAAUCACACAGGGGAGGCGACAACGAGAGAGAAGGAAUUAAUGAAGGCAUGCACAGAUCCUGAGCUUGUUGCUGCGAUUGUUGGUAAUGUGAAGGUUUCAGCAGCAGGCCUUACUCAGCUCAAGCAAAAGCAGAAGAAGAACAAGAAAGCCAACAAGUGAUGAUUCAAAAGCUUAAAUUAGUAGAGAUGCGUAUAAUAUGUUCAAUAUUUAAUACCCUCUAAAACGAAGUUGUAUUGUAGUACAUGGCUGACUGAUAUACGUACACAUACGUACCUUGGGAAAAUUGAAUGGCGAUUUUUGUUUUGUGAUAAGAAAAAGCAAUAAUGAAUCAACUCUUUGUACCAUGCACACUUGUUAGCUACACUAGUUUCAACUCU